UGAAGCAGAUUCCAAAUUCCAAAUUAAAGUUUGUAACAAAUUAACCAUAGACCAUGUACAACCAAGACAUUUUCAGACAAUGAAUGUCAAAAUGGCUUUUCAGUUUUUUAGUGGAUCUGUUGCAGCUGCAAUGCAGUAUUAUAAAGAUUCAAUUCCUGCCUUGAUAGAUUGUAAUGCUACUGUCCUAUUUAUAAAAAAAAUCAAUGAAGUUGUAGAUGCUAUGAAUUCACAGCUACCGAAAUGUGCCUUAAGACCGGAUCCUGCAUCUAUCCACAAUAAAGUACUAACUGAUUUUUUAAUUUACUUGGAUGAAUGUGAAAAAGUAAAGACCACUUCCAAACAAAAAUUAACCACAUCUACAGCACUUGGUUUAAAAGUUACAAUACGAACUGCUUUAGAACUUAUAAAAUAUCUUUCUGAGAAAGUUGGAUAUAAGUAUUUGAUGACUAGACGUAUCAACCAAGAUGCUCUAGAAGUAUGA